CAUUGCGUGAUCGACGGUGCACGCAUCAGUAGUCCGGAGAACGGUAAACGAAAUACACGUGUUGCUUAAGUUUUUUAAUGUGUCCAGACGGACAUUCGCGGGACGAACGAUUUCGAAGAAAGAUCUUUAAAUUUUGACCUUUUAAAACGAUCUAUGAUAGAAAUUUUUUAUCGAAUUACAAUAGCCAUUGCCAAAUGUAUCGGUAUAUUAAAAGAAAUGAAUCAUUGAUCGCCAUGCUUUUUUACGAAGCUAUUCGAAAUGUCGAAUUUCGUCAAUAAUAUUAAAAAAUUUCAUUCGUGACGAUAUAAGUAAGAAAAAAGGGAGAGACAAAUAGAGAGAGAGAGAGAGAGAGAGAGAGAGAUUAUAAGAAAAUUUGAAUGAAAAAGAAAGAUCCGAAAGAUGAGAUUGAAUAAUUUAUUAAGCGAGAGAGGACUGCUCGUUUUAAUGACGAUCGUAUCGGCUUUGUUUGAUCUUUACGUGAUCGCCGAUGACGAUAACGUAUCGACGAUGGAGCGCGCGAAAAAGGCACGAAUAGUGAAGAAGCUUAAAAGAGAUUUUCGAAAGUUAAAAAAGCAAGAGGGUGCGAUAAAGUUGGUCGGUGGUGAGAAUGGCGAUUACGAAGGUAAUAUAGAGAUAUUGCACGAUGGUAAAUGGGGUAGUAUUUGCGACGACGAAUGGGAUUAUUUGGAGGCCAAUGUGGUUUGCAGGCAAUUAGGGUUCGACGGUGCAAUUAAACCGACGACCAACGGUUAUUUUGGACAGGCCAAAAGAAAGUACUGGAUGGAUAAUAUUUAUUGCGACGGUACAGAAGAGGAACUUUCCAAAUGUCGUUUCGAUGGAUGGGGAAAUUCUGAUUGUGAGAGCAACGAGGCUGCCGGUGUUAUUUGUUUUCACGAAGAAGAAAAAUUGUCAUUGUCUUCCUCGUUUAAAGAGAAACAAGAAAAGUCAAGGAUCAAGGAUGUGCAUCAGCAGGGCAUGGCCUUACGAUUGGCUGGAGGUCGAGUUCAUAACGAGGGUAGACUUGAAAUUAAACUGGGCACAGCUGAUUGGGGUGUCGUAUGUGGCGACGGCUGGUCCCUCUUCGAAGCAGGGGUGGUCUGUCGUCAACUAGGCCUUGGCUACGCCUCCGACGCGACACAAAGCAACUAUUUUGUCGGCGAGACUAUACCCAUAGCGAUUAGCGGUGUACGGUGUCAUGGGGAUGAAAAGAAUCUGGUUGAAUGUUUACACGAUAGAAUUCCUGAUUGUUCAGGUGGGAACGAGAAUGUAGCGGGUGUAGUGUGUUCUCGAGAUAUGCCUGAUCUCAUUUUUGAUCAUAUCGAGUUAAUGAGAACAGCACAUUUGGAAGAUCGUCAGCUUUACUGGCUUCAAUGCGCUAUGGAAGAAAAUUGCGUGGCUUCGCGCGCAUACAAAAUUCAAAAGGAAUCAUAUAAUUGGCAUUUUGAGAGCAGAAGGCUCUUGAGGUUCACCGCAAGGAUUUUAAAUGCCGGAACCGCUGACUUCCGACCAGCCGUGCCUAAACAUUUAUGGGAAUGGCACAUGUGUCACAUGCAUUAUCACUCUAUGGAAGUCUUCGCUACAUUUGAUAUCAUCGACUCGAGUGGCAACAAAGUGGCAGAGGGUCACAAAGCAUCCUUUUGUUUGGAGGAUAAUCAAUGUAUUCCAGGAGUUCAGCCACGAUAUAAAUGUGCGAAUUACGGUGACCAAGGAAUCUCCGUUAAUUGUAGCGACAUAUACAAACACAAUAUCGAUUGUCAGUGGGUGGAUAUUUCCGAGUUAGAACCAGGACAAUAUACGCUUAAGGUCGCCGUCAAUCCGGAGUUUAAGGUCGGUGAAAUGUCGUUCGACAAUAACGCAGCUAUCUGUCGUUUGCUUUAUACCGAAACAUUCGCAACUGUACAUAGUUGCGUCAUGGGACGACCUUGAUAUGAUCCAAUGAAAUUACAAUAAUACUCUUGUUAUCUAAAUUUUCGAUAGGACAAUGCAAACUGAGAGGCUGCUUAUCAUUUUUUCCUCGUACACCCUUUAUCUCUCUCUCUCUCUCUCUCUCUCUCUCUCUCUCUCUCUCUCUCUCUCUUUCUCUAUUUAUCUAUUUCUCUCUGUCUUAUCAUAAAAUUUUUAUUAAUUCUCAUAGAUGAUGUUUACGAUUUUUCAGAAAUAAAAUCGAACGAUACACUUUAACUAUUGUAAGAAUAAAUCUAUAUAAAAAAGAGGACGCCGGUCGUUAUCGCAUAGCAAACGAUCGAUCGUCUAACGUUGCUAUACUCUCUAGCUGUCUCUCUCUCUCUCUCUCUCUCUUUCUUUAUUCCUUGCACUCCGAUGAUCGGUGUAUACGAUGCAUAAAGUGGACGCUAUUUUAGACUAUUAUAGGUAGCUGACGUAAAAGCAUUCUUUAUUCUUCCGUAGUGUAGACGACAACAAAGUAGACACUAUGACUCCAUGAAUUUACACUGAUUACAUAUUGCACUUAAUUCGUUUCACGUUUCAGUAUAGAAUCAUUCGAUGUCUGUCUAUCUCUCUAUCUUCGUAUACUAAUUGAUACAAAUGAUCGAGACAUAGACAGAGAGAGAGAGAGAGAGAUUUCAUUGUGUUCUCAUCCACAAAAUUACAACACGCCUUUGGAAUUGCAUUUUAACUAGGUUUUGUCUUUUCGAAGGACGAUCGAUCAGCGGUUUCUAUGAUCGAUCUAUCGUUGCAGAAAAUAAAAGGAAUAGAGAGCGAGAAAGAGAGAGAGAGACAA